AUUUGUUUUGAAAAUUUUCCUACAAAGUAAGUAAUAAAUUCCACAGAAACCAAAAAAAAAAAUGGUAGUACCAAAGUAACCUAUAAUCAUCAGAUCGAUGAUAAGGGGGUUGGGAAAAAAGCUAAACGAGAGCAUCUGAAUCUGAUAUACGUUUUGGGUUCGUCGAGAUCGAGCUAUUGCUAUGAUAGAGAAAGAGCAAAUGCCUCUAAACAUUCCCAAUUGCGCGACGCUCGGAGAAUUUAGGGUUAGGGUUUUCUAAAGCAUCAAGGAAUUUAAUCUGUCCAUUCAAAUCGUUGCAGCCAAAGAGGAAAUUUUUUGUUUUUUUUGUUUUCCGAUUAGAGGAAUUUUGAAUCCAAUUUCAAUGGGAGCGAGUAGCAGCGAUGUGGAAGCAGGGUUCGCGAAGCUACAAGGCGAGGACUUUGAGUACUACAUGCAGACCUACUCCAUAAUCCUCGGCCGGAACUCCAAAAAGUCAACCGUCGACGUUGACCUAUCCAGUCUCGGCGGAGGUAUGAAUAUCUCUCGCAACCAUGCCCGUAUCUUCUACGACUUUGCACGGCGCCGUUUUGCACUCGAGGUCUUGGGCAAAAAUGGCUGCCUCGUGGAAGGUGUUCUUCACCUCCCUGGAAACCCUCCUGUGAAACUCGAUUCCCAGGAUUUGCUUCAGAUUGGGGACAAGGAGUUCUAUUUCUUGCUUCCCGUGAGGAGCAUUUUGGGUGGGGCCAUUGGGCCGAGGCAUUAUGCGGGCCAAGCUUCAGCGGCGGCGGUGGCGGUGGCUGGGUCGGUACCGGGGCAUUAUAAUUAUCAUAUGGUUGGGCCUGGUGCUGCAGGAGCUGGGUCGAUGGUAAAGAAGGGAAGAGGGAGGGAGUAUUAUGAGGAGGAGUAUGAGGAUGAUGAUGACAUUGGUGGUGGUGGUGGUGGUGGUGGUGGUAGUAGUAGUGGUAAGAAGAGGAGAGAAAGUUAUGAGGGGUAUGCCUAUGGUGGUUCUGCAGGAUCAGGUGGCAAGGCUGGAGCUUUGGAGAAGAAGGGGUCAAGAGUUGAUCGGGAUUCUGACAAUCAUCAACUUCUGCAGUUAGAGGAAAAAGAUGUGGUGUCAUCUGUUGCUACUGUGCUUUCCGAUCUUUGUGGUCCUGGAGAAUGGAUGCCGAUGGAGAAACUUCACUCUGAGUAUCUGCAGGUUGGAAAGGGGUUGAAGGCCCUCCGGGAGAUCCACCAGUUUUGGGAGCCCCUUCAGUUUCAGAAACCGGAGGCUUUGAAGAGGUUUCCACAUAGAGUUUGCAUCGGCGCCAUUGGACAUGUUGAGCUUCUCACAGGAUUCAAUCUCUAAAUUCUUAAGUGAGAUGACACAUUGAAUACCUGGAGAUAGACUUCAAUUCUCCACAGUGAGAAAUAUGCAAAUUAGGUCUUGAGGUAAGUGAAGCUUUCUCAGGUAAGCUAGAAGGAAUUUUAGAUGCUCAAUUUUAAUGAUAAUGAGAGUUGUCGAUUGGGAUAGAGGAGAGAAGGACGAUGAAGAAGUUGAUGGUGAUGCUUCUGUAUUUGUUGUUGAAGUUGGUAAUAGUGAGCUUGUUGCAGCUGUAAAUAUCUAUAUUUUAAGUGAGGUGAGAUGUGAAUGCCUGGACAGAAAGAGAGCUCAAUUCUGGGCAGUAAUGAAAUGUCAUGUACUAGAGAAAAGGGAAGCAAUUCAGCCAAUCUGGGAGACAUUCUAGAUCCUUAAUGAAAUGCCAUGUCAUAUUUA